AUGCCACCAGUAAGAAUAAACAAGAGAAGUAAAAACAAAAAAGUAGAUACGGAGCUGCCAGAAGAUAUGAGUAUUUCUACUUUAAAAAAGAAAAUACGAGAUACAGAAAGGAUCUUAAGAAGAACAACAGAAAAAUCUUCUGCUAAAGGACAGUUAAGUUUAGAAAGACAACUAAAAGCUUUAAAGAUUAUUUAUAUUGAAAAGUUGACCUCAUCAAGAGAAAAUGAAAUUGUUUCUAAAUAUCGCAUGGUUAAACAUUUUGAUCGAAAAAAAGUGGAAAGAGCAAUUAAAAAGACUGAAAAAUUAAUUGAUACUGCUGAAGAUGAUCAAGAAAAAAAUGAAUUAGAAGAAAAGCUAAGAGAAUUAAAAAUUGAUUAUAAUUAUGUUAUGGUAUAA